UUUUCAGAGGCAGCAGGCCACGGUCCUACCAAUCUACCCAGAUUAGUUCUGCAGAGGAAAACCAAAUCCCAAACAAAUCACGGAUAUUCCGGACGGAAUCGCCAUGAACCGCUACGUGGUAAGCUCGCUGGUGGGCCAGGGAUCCUUCGGCUGCGUGUACAAGGCGACGCGCAAGGAGGACAGCAAGGUGGUGGCCGUCAAAGUGAUCUCCAAGCGCGGGCGGGCCACCAAGGAGCUGAAGAACUUGCGCAGGGAGUGCGACAUCCAGGCCCGGCUGAAGCAUCCGCACGUCAUCGAGAUGAUAGAGUCCUUCGAGUCGAAGACGGACCUCUUCGUGGUCACCGAGUUCGCGCUGAUGGACCUGCACCGCUACCUGUCGUACAACGGGGCCAUGGGCGAGGAGCCGGCGCGCCGGGUAACCGGGCACCUGGUGUCGGCGCUGUACUACUUGCACUCGAACCGCAUCCUCCACCGGGACCUCAAGCCGCAGAACGUGCUGCUCGACAAGAACAUGCACGCCAAGCUCUGCGACUUCGGACUGGCCCGCAACAUGACCCUGGGCACACACGUGCUCACCUCGAUCAAGGGAACACCCCUCUACAUGGCCCCCGAGCUGCUGGCGGAGCAGCCGUACGACCACCACGCCGAUAUGUGGUCCCUGGGCUGCAUUGCCUACGAGAGCAUGGCCGGGCAGCCGCCGUUCUGCGCCAGCUCCAUCCUCACCCUGGUGAAGAUGAUCAAGCACGAGGACGUCAAGUGGCCGAGCACGCUGACCAGCGAGUGCCGCUCCUUCCUGCAGGGCCUGCUCGAGAAGGACCCCGGCAUGCGCAUAUCCUGGACGCAGCUGUUGUGCCAUCCCUUCGUCGAGGGCCGCAUCUUCAUCGCCGAUCUGCAGGCGGAGGCGGCCAAGGAGUCACCAUUCACAAAUCCCGCAGCCAAGGUGAAGCUAUCUGAGCCCUCCAACCAGGAGGCGGGUGAGCUGGACGAAGCCCUAGCCGCUCUGAGCUUCGGUGAGGCGCGACAGGAGAACAUAAGCACCUCACGCGACAGCAUCAAUGCCAUUGCGCCAAGCGAUGUGGAGCAACUUGAGACAGAUGCUGAGGACAACAUGCAACGCGUAGUUGUUCCGUUCGCGGACUUAUCCUUCAGGGACAUGUCGGGUAUGCGGGCAAUGCCGGUGGUCCACCAGCCGCUCGUCAACUCGCACACCUGCUUCGUUAGCGGCAACUCGAACAUGAUACUCAACCACAUGAACGACAACUUCGAUUUUCAGUCGUCUUUGCGGGCCGUGACAGCCAAGCCGCAAGUCGUUCCGGCCGUGCGACAGUCACGAAGCAAGGAUCUGGAGAAGCGUAAGCUAAGCCAAAACCUGGAUAACUUCUCAGUGCGCUUGGGUCAAAGCGUCGACACCGAGGCGCAUCGUAAGGCCACUGAGAAUCUCACCCAGGAGAAGCUUACUCAGGAGAAGCUAAGCCAAGAGAAAAAGCCCCCCGUUCAACGCAAUGCACAACCGAAUCAUUCACCUCCGCAGCCACAACCACCACAGCAACUGAAACACUCAAUGCAAUCCACAAACGAGGACAAGCUGAGCAGCGACAACACUCCGCCCUGCCUGCUGCCGGGUUGGGACAGCUGCGAUGAGUCUCAAAGUCCUCCCAUCGAGAACGAUGAGUGGCUGGCCUUCCUAAACCGAUCCGUGCAGGAGCUGCUUGACGGCGAACUGGACUCACUGAAGCAGCACAACCUGGUCAGCAUCAUUGUGGCGCCGCUGCGCAACUCCAAGGCCAUUCCCCGGGUGCUCAAGAGCGUGGCCCAGCUACUGUCGCUGCCCUUUGUGCUGGUAGAUCCUGUGCUGGCCGUCGAUCUCGAGUUGAUUCGUAACGUGUAUGUGGACGUGAAACUGGUUCCCAACCUGAUGUACGCCUGCAAACUGCUCCUGUCACACAAGCAGCUUUCAGACUCCGCCGCGUCCGCCCCGCUUACGGUGGCCUCCCUCAGCCGGACGCUGCGGAGCAUCCCGGAACUUACUAUCGAGGAGCUGGAGACCGCCUGCAGUCUGUACGAGCUGGUCUGCCACUUGGUGCACCUGCAGCAGCAGUUCCUCACCCAGUUCUGCGAUGCAGUGGCCAUUCUGGCUGCAAGCGACCUGUUCCUGAACUUUCUGACCCACGACUUUAGGCACUCGGACUCCGACUCUGCCUCUGUGCGCCUGGCUGGCUGCAUGCUAGCCUUGAUGGGCUGUGUGCUGCGCGAACUGCCGGAAAACGCCGAGCUGGUGGAGCGGAUCGUCUUUAAUCCUCGGCUCAACUUCGCCACGCUCCUUCAAAGCCGUCACCACUUGUUGCGACAGCGCUCAUGCCAGCUGCUGCGCCUGCUGGCCCGCUUCAGCCUGCGCGGCGUGCAGCGCAUUUGGAACCCAGAGCUGCGAUUCGCUCUGCAACAGCUGUCCGAGCACCACUCGUACCCGGCCCUCCGAGGGGAGGCCGCCCAAACCCUCGACGAGAUCAGCCACUUCACUUUUUUCAUCACCUAGCCGGCACUUUCCUUUAUUGGGCUCAGGCGUCUCUAUCCGAGCAGAUCCUGAAUGUUUCCCUGGAAGUAGUCGAGCAGCUCGUCGAUGUAGUUCCCGAAGCGGUCGAAGUUGAGGAGGUAGUCCUCGCUGCAGUCCUGUUCGUACAUCUCGUUUAGCUUGGACACAUCCUUGUCGGAGAGGCCGCGUCUCUGGCCGAGCGAGGCAUACGGAUCCUGGAGCGAAGGAGAGGAAUGAGUGGUAGGAGGCAAAAACAUCAUAAGCAUGUUCAUGUUCGAGAAUCAUCCAGAAAUCAAAAGAACUUCGAAUUUAUGCGUUCUUCAACUGAAACUGCAAUGACUACCAAAUCUUUUUGCUCUUAAAGAACUUCUUUACAAAUUGAAUAUAGUGGUUUUAUAAAGACACCUUACAUGACUGGAUAAAAGCACCAUUAUCAUUCCUCAAGAAUACUUUAAAGAGAACAUGAAUCAUUUACUCAAUAUAUUCCUAGCGUACUAUUAUAGUGCGCUAUGUUGCCAUUUGUAGGAAUUUUACGAAACUGAUUGUACUGAAGUCACUGAUUAAGUUAAAUCUCAAUAUCUGUUAAUUUUUGUCAGGAAUGUCUAAUGCUGUUGAGUUAAGUAUAAGAUCAUCUAUAAAGUAUUUCAUUCUCAAUAGUUCAUAAGCAUGUGAAUGUUUCUAGUUUUUCAAGGCAUUCGAUUGUCUAGGAUGGAUUGUUGAUGUAAAAAACGUGAUUGUUGGAAUAAUAGAUUCGUUAGAGAUGAGCAGGCAAAUUCACUAAAUGUCUAUGCAAUAAUGUGAAUGAUUAUUGAAUGGUAUAAUGAAUAUCCCUUAAAAUACUCAAUUAUAUAGACGUAUAGUAUGCGAAGCAGAUGUUGGGUCCUAUUUUGCAACUGACUUGGGAUCCCUUUGGGAUUGCCCUAAUGUUAGAGUAUCCUUGUUAAAAUAAGCGUUAGAAGAAGAGCCGCCUACAAUAGGCGAAUUUACCGAAUCUCUAUGCAAUUUGUCCAAUAACGCGAAGUAUUAUUGAAUGGUGUAAUGAAUAUCCCUUAAAAUGUUAGUCAUUAGCAAAAAUACUCAAAUAUAUAGGUGUAUAUUAUACAAAGCA